GUGUUGGUGAUAUUAUGUGACCUUGGAAUAUGUUAACAGAUACAAAGAUGAAACCGGUAAAAACCAACGAGGAUGGACGCCAGUGUAGAAUAAUCGCCUUCAGUACAGUUUUACCAAGUGGCUUACAUCGCAUUGAAUGAUUACACAUUAAUCAAAUUCAUGUAAUAGAUUAAAUUUUACAACGCAUUUUGUUUUUAAUGGGCGUUUUAAUGAAAUUUGAAAUAUUUUUUAUUUUGUUAAAUUUUUGUUCCAUAACACCAGGUCAAGAAUACGAUGCUCAAGUUUUAGAUUUAUUUGAAGGUGACAUAUGCCAAAGAGGACUUCUUGGUAGGUCAUCCGACUACAUUUGCCGGCCUCUUAAACAAUGUCCUGGUGUGCGACAGUUAAUAAAAAGAAAUAUUAUUCCUCGAUUGUGUUCCUUGGCCAAUAUGAUAGUAUGCUGUCCGCCAUCGAAUAUUCCCGGGAAAAAUUCUUCAAUAUCGCCGAAUGAUGUCAAACUGGUGGAAACAUAUUCUGCCUCCGAAAUGUGUCGCCAGUACGCCGAAGUGAUAAACGACCGUUUCGAAGACUCGGUGAAAAAUACCACAGAGCAGCAGUUCUAUAUUGUCGGUGGGACCGUGGCCGAACCCAAAGAGUUUCCACACAUGGCGCUGAUAGGUUACGGUAAUACGAGAGCGCAUGUUUUAUGGAACUGUGGAGGAUCUUUGAUUAGCAACAAGUGGAUUCUAACAGCAGCGCACUGUGAAAAAAUGGGCACCGUGACCCACGCCCGUUGGGCCCGUUUAGGGGAUCUAAAUUUCGAACUGGACACAGACGACGCCAAGCCGAGUACAUACGAUAUAGUCAAACGUGUGAUACAUCCGGAUUACCGGGUUCCUUCCGUGUACAACGAUAUAGCGUUGUUUCUUCUGGAUAGAGUCGUUGAGUUUUCAGAGUAUGUUGUACCCAUUUGUCUGAACGAAGACCAAUCCUUUACGCCGACCACGUCAAUAGCCACAGGCUGGGGACAAGUCGGACACGGCGGACCACAGAGUUCGGAGUUGCUUAAGGUUUGUUUAAACAAAACGUCAUUAGAAGAAUGCAAUACCGUUUAUGCUACAAGCGUGGACUUACCUUACGGGGUGUUAAGUGACAGUCAGAUAUGCGCUGGUUUCAUUCCUGGCGGAAAAGACACGUGUGGGGGAGAUUCCGGCGGUCCACUUCAAGUGCCCAACUCUAUUCGUGCAUUUAUGUACACCCAAGUGGGAAUAACCUCAACUGGGAAACCUUGCGGUGAAGCCAACACGCCUGGUAUCUAUACAAGGGUGUCUAAGUACGUUUCGUGGAUCGAGCAAAGUGUCUGGCCUAAAAACUGUACCGACUGUCUGGACAUCAACAUAACAAAAAUGAAAUAUUUCAUCGGUUUGAUAUUAAUACUCGAAACAUUGGCGGCUCAGACUAAUAAUGAUUGUCACACUCCGAAUAACGAACAAGGCGUUUGCAUUAAAAUCACUCAAUGUUCGCCUCUUCUAGACAUGGCACAACACAACAGACAGAACAUGUCGGCCCUGAUUUAUCUUCGAAAAUCAAAUUGUGGAACCGAAGAUAAAAUUCCAAAAGUGUGCUGUAAGAUUGACAAACCUAAACCAGAAAUACCCCAAAAAAAUGUAACCGUAAAAUUGAAUCAUGCCACCUGCGGUCGAAACAAUGUCUCCAGUAACAAAAUUACUGGAGGAGCGCCUGCUAAACUUGGUGCCUGGCCGUGGAUGGCCGCACUAGGAUACCAGAUAACCAACAAACCAGAUCAGUCCAUUAAAUGGUUGUGUGGCGGUGCGUUGAUAUCAGAACGACACGUUUUAACAGCUGCCCAUUGUGUUAGCGGCACUGGUCCGAAAAAAUUGCGUACGAUUAGAGUAGGUGAUUUAGACUUGGAUCCUGAUGUGAACGAUGGCGCAUCGCCGGUGGAUGUCAUGGUCGAAGAGAUCAUGGCACACGAAUCUUAUAAUUUUGCCACACACGACAACGAUAUUGCUAUGAUAAAACUGAAAACAUCAGUCAAAUAUAACGGACACGUUCAACCUAUUUGUCUGCCGGCAGCAUCGAACUUAAGGUCCAGCACGUUUGAAAAAACUACACCCUUCGUUGCGGGCUGGGGCUCUACGACAUUUAAUGGCCCCAAGAGUAACGCUUUGUUGGAAAUUCAAAUCCCAGUUGUAAGCAAUGUUCAAUGUAAAAUCAUAUUUGACGAAGUGAUUAAUAUCAAUGACAGAAUGUUGUGUGCUGGUAAUCUGAUUGGAGGAAAAGACGCUUGUCAGGGCGAUUCCGGAGGUCCUUUAAUGUCACCAAUUAAAGGACAGUACUAUUUGUCCGGUAUUGUAUCUUUUGGCAUUAAAUGUGCAGAGCCUGGAUAUCCUGGAGUGUAUACUAGAGUGACACAUUAUAUUGAUUGGAUUGAAAUGAAAAUGACUAAAUAAAAAAACUAAGGCGUUAAAAUCGCCAAUUGCUACGUUAAGUGUUUGCC